AAAAAACAUGCAACUUUCUCAUCAUUAUCAUCAUCAUUUCUCAGUAAAAUGCCAGACUGAAUUGCACUCAAGAAGCUCCACGCUGACUCUAUACUUGGAUUUCUUGAACUAUUGAUAACUCCGAUGAUUAUGAGAGCGUUUUGUUUGAGCUGGCUUUCUCUUGCUUUACUCUGCUGCCUUUUACACGAGAGUUGUAUUAGCCUGGGAGAUACAGAACAAGCUAGCUCACCACCAAGGGGUUGGAACUCUUACGAUUCCUUUUGCUGGAUAAUUUCCGAAGAUGAAUUCCUUCAAAAUGCGCAACUCGUCGCCGAACACCUCAAAGAUCACGGGUACCAGUAUGUGGUGGUGGAUUACCUUUGGUAUAGGAGGAAAGUGAAAGGGGCUUAUGUUGAUUCUCUUGGAUUUGAUGUUACCGACGAAUGGGGAAGGAUGGUGCCCGAUCCAGAUCGAUGGCCAUCAUCCAAAGAUGGAAUUGGGUUCGCAAAAGUUGCGGAGAAAGUUCAUGGCAUGGGUUUGAAAUUUGGGAUUCAUGUCAUGAGAGGUAUAAGUACUCAGGCAUUCAAUGCAAACACGCCUAUCCUUGAUGUUACCACGGGCAAAGCUUAUGAAGAAGAUGGCCGAAAGUGGUCUGCAAAGGACAUUGGAAUAAAAGAGAGAGCUUGUGCAUGGAUGAAAAAUGGUUUCAUGAGUGUGAACACCAAAUUGGGAGCUGGACGAGCUUUCUUAAGGUCACUCUAUCAACAAUAUGCCGAGUGGGGUGUUGAUUUUGUUAAACACGACUGUGUAUUUGGUGAGGAUUUGGACCUAGAAGAGAUAAGAUACGUUUCGCGGGUCUUGACAGAACUUAACCACUCGAUCUUGUAUUCUUUGUCCCCUGGAACUAGUGUGACACCAGCCAUGGCACGUGAUGUUAGUGAUCUUGUAAACAUGUACCGAAUUACAGGGGAUGACUGGGAUACAUGGGGAGAUGUUGCGGCCCAUUUUGAUAUUUCACGGGAUUUUGCAGCUUCUAAUUUGAUUGGUGCAAAAGGACUGCGUGGAAAAUCGUGGCCAGACUUGGAUAUGCUUCCAUUGGGUUCGCUAACAGAUCCAGGUUCAAAUGAAGGUCCUCAUAGGAAAUGUAAACUUAACCUGGAUGAGCAAAGAACCCAGGUGACAUUGUGGGCCAUGGCCAAGUCCCCUCUCAUGUUCGGAGGCUUACUAGCUGCCGAGAUGUCAAGGCCAAAGGCUGGUCUGAUGGGGCCAUUGAUGGCGAUGAUCGAGAACAAUUGUGCUGGAAAAAGGAGUCAAGAAAAGGAUAUCAAGAGCCCUUUUGCCUUUACAAAAGAACAGCGCUUUUCACAUGCCAACCAGAUAUGGGAGCUGAAACGUAAUGGCACCUUGCUGAACAGCUAUUCUGGUUUAUGUGCAUCUAUUAGAACAGGAAAAGCUAAUUCUGAUUCUGCCAGAAACCGCGCUUGGGUUGCUACUGGAAGAAGAGGAGAGAUUUAUGCAGCAAUUUUCAAUUUGGACACCGAAAAGGCUGAGAUAUCAAUGAGGAUAAAUGACUUGAGGAAGGCUCUUCCUGGUAAAGAUUUUGAGCGUGCUUCAUGCAAGUGCAGAGAAGAAUGGACUGCGAAAGACUUUGGAGUCGUAAAUGACUCAAUUUCGACACAAGUGGAAACCCAUGGUGUUGCUCUUUUUGUCCUCAAUUGUACUUAUAGCUAAUUAUAAGAUUAUGCUCUCUAGGCCGUCUAAUGAACAAUGUUCAUGCAACACUACUGAAAGAUAUGUGAGCUUCACUAUAAAUGCGGAAGAAAAAGGUGCCUGUAAUAAAACAGUGUGGUCUUUGCAUAUAUUUCCAUAUUUCGUAUUAUUCUGUAUUUUCAGUCCUGGGGCAAUCUACAGAAAUACCCCCAAGUUUGAUUUCUGUGGGAUUUGCUUCCCUUAUAAAUGUCACACAUCCAUUUUAGGGAAAAAAUAUUUGAAAAUCCUUGAGGUUUGGUUCUAGUUUGAGUUGAAGGGGGUGAUUCCAAUAUCCUUCGACUGUGGUGGGAGUUUUAAACAAGUUUUAUAUAUUUUAUCUUGUUUUUAAUUAGGAAAAAUGUACAAGCUCAAGG